AUGCCAGGGCUGCUGGACCAGGCCACCCUGUCCCCACUGCCCCUCACAGCCUCGGAGGUGACGUCCUGUGUCAGCAGCUAUGCCCUGGGGAUGACAGCCCUGCUCACCUACUGCAACCCACGGGCACUGCCCCUGCAAGGUCUCUUUGCCUACCCCCUGGAUGAGGGCAGCACCGUGGUGGGGUUCGAGGCGGCCGUGGCCCGACGCGCUGUCACGGUGCAAAUCAAGGACAAAGCCAAGAUAGAGGACAUGGAUCCCCAUGUGAGGGCUGGGGAGCUGCAUUUCCCAUGGCUGUGACACCACAUCUCCCUGGCGUGGUCCCCUCUCCCUGCAGGAAGGAUCACCAUGGAUGAGGACUCGGAGAGGACAGUUUUUGUGGCAAACCUGGGCAUCAUUCCUCCCCUGGAAAGCGUCUCCAUCUUCAUCAGCACCUCCUCUGAGCUGCAGACACUGCCCAGCGGGGCCGUCAGGGUCCUUCUGCCACCUGUGUGUGUCCCCAGGGUCCCCCAGCCCAGCCUGGAAAAUGUCACCAGCCCUUCCAGCCACCAGCUCCCAACCAGGGACAAGCACUGCUGUGGAUAGGGGAGUCUGGAGCAAGGGAGCAGGUUCUGCCUGGCUCAUCUGCUGGAGAGAGAGGCCACCAACCCCUUUGAGUAUGAGUUCAGCUUCCACCUGGAGAUCUGGGGGCCAUGCCUGCUGGCAGGAGUCGAGAGCCCCACGCACGGGAUCCGAGCAGACGCCGACCCCUCCGCUCGCUCUGCCAAGAGCAUCAUCAUCAGCCUGGCCAACAAACACACCUUUGACAGGCCCGUGGAGAUCCUGAUCCACCUCAGUGAGCCCCACGUGCCUCAUGGCUUAAUGGAGGGAGGUGACAUGACACCUGCAGAGUACGAACGGCACCUGAAGGGCAAGAACGACUUCAUUAAAGGCACCAAGAAGGACCCGAGUGCUGAGAAAAGGCUCAUGCUCUUCAGACAUUCACCCCUGGUCUCCUUCUUGGCUGAGGAUGCUCCUUCCUCCUUCAACUCAUUCCCCACGUGGCUGAGCCUGGUGCCCAACCCUCCCAAACCUGCUGCCAAGACAGAAAUCAUCAGGAAGAGGCUGAGCAAGGACAUCCCCCACCACCCUGUUGUCAUGCUCAACUUCUGCCCUGACUUGAGGACCAUCCAGCCAGACCUCCAGAAAGCCCAAGGGGAGUUCAUCUUCCUGGUGGAUCUCAGCAGGAGCAUGAGUGGUGUGAACAUCACCCGGGUCAAGGAUGCUCUGUUGGUCAUUCUGAAGAGCCUGAUGCCAGCGUGUCUCUUCAACAUCGUUGGGUUUGGAUCCACCUUCAAGACCCUCUUUCCUUCCAGCCAGACUUACUGUGAGGAGAGCUUGGCCAUCACCUGCCAGAGCAUCAAGAGGCUCUGGGCUGACGUGGGUGGCACCAACAUCUUGUCACCACUCAAGUGGGUGAUCCAACAACCCACCCACAGGGGACACCCCCAGCAGCUCUUCCUUGUCAGUGAAGGAGCUUGUUUGUGUUUGCAGAGGACACAGGGGUGCUACAGCUUCGGCAUCGGCCCCAAGGCCUGCAGGAGGCUGGUUGGGGGCCUGGCUGCUGUGUCCAGGGGCACUGCUGAGUUCCUGGAGGAGGGGGAGAGGCUGCAGCCCAAGCUGAUCAGGUCCCUGAAGAAGGCGAUGGGGCCUGCCCUGAGCGCCGUGUCCCUGCACUGGGUGUUCCCCGAGAGCACCGAGGUCCUGCUGUCCCCCCUCACCUCCACCUGCCUCUUCCCUGGGGACCACCUGGUGGGCUAUGGCAUCCUCUGUGACCCCUCCCCGGACCUCUGCCACCCCCGAGCCGUGAGUCCUUCCCCCCCUGGGGCUGCCCCGGAGCAGGGAACCAGUUCCCUGUGUCUGGGCAGGAGGUGCCUCGAGGUGCCCCCUCACCCUGGGAGGAGGGUGAUGGGGAUGGACGGGAAGGUUUCCUCCAGGAGAAGGGCCUACAGCACCACCCAGAUUGCUGACCACGAGCCCUGCCAGAAGGUGCCCACAGGCAGUGACCCUGGCACUGACCUGCUGGGAAACCCCCUUGGCAAGACCCACCUGCAGGACCUGCAGCAGCUCAGCCCUGAGCCCUGGCACCUGGAUUUCCAGCCCUUCACAGUCUCUGCCACGAGGACCCGAGGUGCUGGUGCCCGGCGACCAUCCCUGCUCCAGAGGAACCUCUUGUCCUUCUGCCACGAGGCUGAGUCCCCUCCAGCCCCCCAGGGGCUGCAGCAAGUGGUCCCAGGAAGGGGCUUGGGAGCUCUGGAUGCCAGAGGUGGCCUGAGGUCUUCAUCAGACAGCAGGAGCCCCGGGGACAUGGAGUCUGCCCAACAUCCUUCCUUCACAUUUGAAACAGAGACCUCCUCAGACUGGGAGCAGCAGGACUUGGACUUGAGCACUUCCCAGGGCUCCCCCAGGACCCUCUGCAAGGUGGUGGUGAAGGGGCUGAGAAGCAACGAGCCCGUGCAGUGGGAGGUCACCUUUGAUAUCCACCCACUCUUCCAAGAGAGGGAGAGCCAGGGGGAUGAUGACACAGACCUGUGGAACGAGACCUUCCACCACCUGGCAGCCAGGUCUGUCAUCAGGGACUUGGAGCUGCUGGCCCAGAAGGAGAGUGAGAUCGAGCACGGGUCUGGGAGGAGGUACCAGCUCCACGCUGUCCACACCAGCAAGGCCUGCAAUGUCAUCAGCAACAAGUACACAGCUUUCCUGCCCGUGGGCCUCAGCACCAACACCUGCCUGCCCACUGUGCUGGAGUACCCACCCACAGGUACCCACCCACAGGCUGACCUUCCACAGGACCAGGCUCGAGCUGCCAAGGGCUUCCUGAGCAAAUCUCCCAGCAGAAGGAGUGAAUCCAGCUCAGAGGGAGACAAUGAGAGCACUGACUACCUGCCCCUGGCAUCCCUGCAGCUGGCCUGUGGUGCCUUCCUCCUGAACUCAGCCUUCUGCCAUGCUGUCAACAUCCCCAUGGAGAAGCUGCAGAGGACCUCUCCCUUCCCCUGCCACUGCCUGGCCCUCAGCCCCUCCAGCACCAAGAAGACCAGCCCUUCCAGGGAGCAAAAAAGCUCCAGCCAGCAGCUCCAGGUCCCUGCUGCCCACGGGGAGAGCCCCAUCACCAGGGAUGUCCCUCUGGGAGUGGUGCUGGGGGGAACCAGCACCCAGCUGGAGGCCACCUCCCCGGGCAGCUCGGUGGGGAACAUCCCCAGAGCCCUGAAGGCUGAGAAGGAGCUUUCCCCACCAUCCAGCACCAUCCGUGGCUUCUCCAGGAGCACUCCAGGCUCUGCCCAGGGGCAAAACACCAGCAGCUUGGAGAGGGAUGACUCUGAGGUCCAAGGGUUGCUCCUGGAGCUGCAGCAGCAACCGGAGCCCAAGGGGCUGCUCUGGGCCACGGGGGUGGCCCUGGCCUGGCUGGAGCACAGCUCAGCCUCCUACUUCGUCGAGUGGGAGCUGGUGGCUGCCAAAGCCAACCUGUGGCUGAGCCACCAGGAAUUCCCAGCAGGAUCCAGCCUGGCUGCUGUGAAAGCUGCUGCCCAGCAGCUCUUCGUCCUGCUCCGGCACUGGGAUGAGAAGCUGGAGUUCAACCUGCUCUGCUACAACCCCAGCAGUGUGUAG